AUGUCUAAUAUUAUUCGGAUGACCACGGCAGCCGUUGGACUUUGUGGCGCGGGAACAAUCCUGUAUCACAGAUGCCUGGCCCGAAAGCCGCCUCUUGAACGCAACAGGGAUCUUCUCCGCUUGGCAGCCGUAGCACUCUCCAGUGAGGUGGUUGAUACUGUCCUGGUUCGUGAUGAACAACUGCAGAAGCUCCUUCGAGGGUUUGUGAAGGAUGUGUUUUUGCACCCAGAUGUAGUGCAGGAAAUUAAAGCGUACGUGAAGGAGGAGUUCACCAAUAACGAGGCCACAGUUACCGCGCUGCGUAAGUUCAUUGUUGAGGAUAUCAUUUGUGACACGUGGGUUGCAGAUGAACUGAUCAGCAUGGUGAAGGAGGCAGGCAAGGAGAUUGUAGAGGACCCUGCGGUGCACCCCGGCCUCACGCUUCGAUUAAUCGGCUCCGCUGCGCAAGAGGGGCUGCAAACAAGCACAUUCAAGGAGUCGCUGUGGCAGGCGCUGCGGGCGUCGUUGUGGCUCGCGUUCCUCGGGCCCCCGCCGGAGCACCUCGGCGUGUGGAGGGCGAAGUAA